AUGCCUGGUCCAAGAGCUUGGAGCUUGCCUGGUCUAGGAGCUUGCCUGGACGUGGACGUGGACGUGAACGUGGACGUGGACGUGGACGUGGACGUGGUCGUGGACGUGGACCUGGACGUGGACAUGGACGUGGACGUGGACGUGGACCUGGACGUGGACGUGGACGUGGACGUGGACGUGGACGAGGACGUGGACGUGGUCGUGGACGUGGACGUGGACGUGGACGUGGACGUGGACGACAUGGACAUGGACAUGGACGUGGACGUGGACGUGGACGUGGACAUGGAGGUGGACGUGGACGUGGACAUGGAGGUGGACGUGGACGUGGACGUGGACGUGGACGUGGACAUGGACGUGGACGUGGACGUGGACAUGGACGUGGACAUGGACGUGGACAUAGACGUGGACAUGGACGUGGACAUGGACGUGGACAUGGACGUGGACGUGGACGUGGACGUGGACCUGGACGUGGACAUGGACGUGGACAUGGACGUCGACAUGGACAUGGACAUGGACAUGGACAUGGACGUGGACGUGGACGUGGACAUGGACGUGGACGUGGACGUGGACGUGGACGUGGACAUGGACGUGGACAUGGACAUGGACGUGGACGUGGACAUGGACGUGGACAUGGACAUGGACGUGGACAUGGACAUGGACGUGGACGUGGACGUGGACGUGGACGUCGACGUGGACGUGGACGUGGACGUGGACGUGGACGUGGACAUGGACGUGGACAUGGACGUGGACGUGGACGUGGACAUGGACAUGGACGUGGACAUGGACGUGGACGUGGAUAUGGACGUGGACGUGGACGUGGACGUGGACGUGGACGUGGACGUGGACGUGGUCGUGGACGUGGACGUGGACAUGGACGUGGACAUGGACAUGGACAUGGACGUGGAGGUGCACGUGGACGUGGACGUGGACGUGGACGUGGACGUGGUAGUGGACGUGGACGUGGACGUGGACGUGGACGUGGACGUGGACGUGGACGUGGACUUGGACGUGGACGUGGACGUGGUCGUGGACGUGGACGUGGACAUGGACGUCGACAUGGACGUGGACGUGGACAUGGACCUGGACGUGGACGUGGACGUGGUCGUGGAUGUGGACGUGGACGUGGACAUGGACGUGGACAUGGACGUGGUCGUGGACGUGGACGUGGUCGUGGACGUGGACUUGGACGUGGACGUGGACGUGGACGUGGACAUGGACGUGGACGUGGACGUGGACGUGGACGUGGACUUGGACGUGGUUGUGGACGUGGACGUGGACAUGAACGUGGACGUGAACGUGGACGUGGACGUGGACGUGGUCGUGGACGUGGACGUGGACGUGGACAUGGACGUGGACGUGGUCGUGGACGUGGACGUGGACGUGGACUUGGACGUGGACAUGGACGUGGACGUGGACGUGGACGUGGACGUGGACGUGGGCGUGGACGUGGACAUGGACGUGGUCGUGGACGUGGGCGUGGACAUGGACGUGGACGUGGUCGUGGACGUGGGCGUGGACGUGGACGUGGACAUGGACGUGGGCGUGGACGUGGACGUGGACGUGGACGUGGACAUAGACGUAAACGUGGACAUGGACGUGGACAUGGACGUGGGCGUGGACGUAUGCGUGGACGUGGACGUGGACGUGGACGUGGACGUGGGCGUGGACGUGGACGUGGACAUGGACGUGGACGUGGACGUGGACGUGGUCGUGGACGUGGUCGUGGACAUGGACGUGGACAUGGACGUGGACGUGGACAUGGACGUGGACAUGCACAUGGACGUGGACGUGGACAUGGACAUGGACAUGGACGUGGACGUGGACGUGGACGUGGACGUGGUCGUGGACGUGGACGUGGACGUGGACGUGGUCGUGGUCGUGGACGUGGUCGUGGUCGUGGACGUGGACGUGGUCGUGGACGUGGACGUGGUCGUGGACGUGGACGUGGACGUGGACGUGGACAUGGACGUGGACGUGGACGUGGACGUGGACGUGGACGUGGACGUGGACGUGGACGUGGUCGUGGACGUGGACGUGGACGUGGACGUGGACGUGGACGUGGACGUGGACGUGGACGUGGACGGGGACGUGGACGUGGACGCGGACGUGGACGUGGACGUGGACGUGGACGUGGACAGGGACGUGGACGCGGACGUGGACGUGGACAGGGACGUGGACGCGGACGCGGACGUGGACAGGGACGUGGACGUGGACGUGGACGCGGACGUGGACGGGGACGGGGACGUGGACGUGGACAUGGACGUGGACGCGGACGUGGACGCGGACAGGGACGUGGACGCGGAGGUGGACGUGGACGUGGACGUGGACAGGGACGCGGACGUGGACGUGGACGUGGACCUGGACGUGGACGCGGACGUGGACGUGGACGGGGACGUGGACGUGAACGUGGACGUGGACGCGGACGUGGACGCGGACGUGGACGUGGACAGGGACGUGGACGUGGACGUGGACAGGGACGUGGACGGACGUGGACACGUGGACAUGGACGUGGGCGUGGACGUGGACGUGGACGUGGACGUGGACGUUGACGUGGACGUGGACGUGGACAUGGACGUGGACGUGGACGUGGACAUGGACAUGGACAUGGACGUGGACGUGGACGUGGACAUGGACGUGGACGUGGACGUGGACAUGGACGUGGACGUGGACGUGGACGUGGACGUGGACAUGGACGUGGACGUGGACGUGGACGUGGACGUGGACGUGGACGUGAACGUGGACAUGGACGUGGACGUGGACGUGGACGUGGACGUGGUCGUGGACGUGGACGUGGACGUGGACAUGGUCGUGGACGUGGACGUGGACGUGGACUUGGACGUGGACAUGGACGUGGACGUGGACGUAGACGUGGACGUGGGCGUGGACGUGGACAUGGACGUGGUCGUGGACGUGGGCGUGGGCGUGGACGUGGACAUGGACAUGGACAUGGACGUGGACCUGGACGCGGACGUGGACGUGGACAGGGACGUGGACGCGGACGUGGACGUGGACAGGGACGUGGACGCGGACGUGGACGUGGACGUGGACGUGGACGUGGACGUGGAGGACUUGGACGUGGACGUGGACGUGGACGUGGACAUGGACGUGGACGUGGACGUGGACGAGGACAGGGACGUGGACGCGGACGUGGACGUGGACGUGGACGGGGACGUGGACGUGGAGGACUUGGACAUGGACGUGGACGUGGACGUGGACGUGGACAUGGGCAUGGAGGUGGACGUGGAGAUGGACGUGGACAUGGAGAUGGACGUGGACAUGGACAAGGACGUGGACAUGAACGUGGACGUGGACGUGGACGUGGACGUGGACGUGGACAUGGACGUGGACGUGGACGUGGACGUGGACGUGGACGUGGACAUGGACUUGGAGGUGGACGUGGACGUGGAAGUGGACGUGGACGUGGACGUGGACAUGGACGUGGACGUGGACAUGGACGUGGACGUGGAGAUGGACGUGGACAUGGACGUGGACGUGGAGGUGGACGUGGACGUGGACGUGGUCGUGGACGUGGAUGUGGACGUGGACGUGGACAUGGACGUGGACGUGGACGUGGACUUGGACGUGGUCGUGGACGUGGACGUGGACGUCGACAUGGACGUCGACAUGGACGUCGACAUGGACCGACAUGGACUGGACAUGGACGUGGACGUGGACAUGGACGUGGACGUGGACGUGGACGUGGACGUGGACGUGGACGUGGACGUGGACAUGGACGUGGACGUGGACGUGGACGUGGACUUGGACGUGGACGUGGCCGUGGACGUGGACUUGGACGUAAACGUGGACGUGGACGUGGACAUGGACGUGGACGUGGACGUGGACGUGGACGUGGACAUGGACAUGGACAUGGACGUGGACGUCGACAUGGACGUGGACGUGGACGUGGACGUGGACAUGGACGUGGACGUGGACAUGGACGUGGACGUGGACGUGGACGUGGUCGUGGACGUGGACGUGGACGUGGACGUGGACAUGGACGUGGACGUGGUCGUGGACGUGGACGUGGUCGUGGACGUGGUCGUGGACGUGGACGUGGUCGUGGACGUGGACAUGGACGUGGACGUGGUCGUGGACGUGGACGUGGACGUGGACGUGCACAUGGACGUGGACGUGGACGUGGACGUGGACGUGGACGUGGUCGUGGACGUGGACGUGGACGUGGACAUGGACGUGGACAUGGACGUGGACAUGGACGUGGACAUGGACAUGGACAUGGACGUGGAUGUGGAUGUGCACGUGGACGUAGACGUGGACGUGGACGUGGACGUGGACAUGGACGUGAACGUGGUCGUGGACAUGGACGUGGACGUGGACAUGGACGUGGACAUGGACAUGGACGUGGACGUGGACGUGGACAUAGACGUGGACGUAGACGUGGACGUGGACGUGGAAGUGGACGUGGACGUGGACGUGGACAUGGACGUGGAGAUGGACGUGGACGUGGACGUGGACUUGGACGUGGACGUGGACGUGGACGUGGACGUGGACGGGGUCAUGGACGUGGACAUGGACGUGGACGGAGACGUGGACGCGGACAUGGACGUGGACAUGGACCUGGACCUGGACAUGGACAUGGACAUGGACAUGGACGUGGACAUGGACGUGGACAUGGACCUGGACGCGGACGUGGACGUGGACAUGGACGUGGACGUGGACAUGGACGUGGAUGUGGACGUGGACGUGGACAUGGACGUGGACAUGGACGUGGAGGACUUGGACGUGGACAUGGACGUGGACGUGGAUAUGGAGGUGGACAUGGACGUGGACGUGGACAUGGAUGUGGACGUGGACGUAGACGUGGACGUGGACGUGGACGUGGACGUAGACGUGGACGUGGACGUGGACGUGGACGUAGACGUGGACGUGGACGUGGACAUGGACGUGGAUGUGGACGUGGACGUGGACGUGUACGUGGACAUGGACGUGGACGUGGACGUAGAGGUGGACGUGGACGUGGACAUGGACGUGGACGUGGUCGUGGACGUGGUCGUGGACGUGGACGUGGACGUGGACGUGGUCGUGGACGUGGUCGUGGACGUGGACAUGGACGUGGACAUGAACGUGGACGUGGACGUGGACGUGGACGUAGACGAGGACGUGGACGUGGACGUGGACAUGGACGUGGACGUAGACGUGGACGUGGACAUGGACGUGGACAUGGAGGUGGACGUGGACGUGGACGUGGAGGUGGACGUGGACGUAGACGUGGACGUAGACAUGGACGUGGACGUCGUGGACGUGGACAUGGACGUGGACAUGGACGUGGACAUGGACGUGGACGUAGACAUGGACGUGGACAUGGAGGUGGACGUGGACGUGGACGUGGAGGUGGACGUGGACGUGGACAUGGACGUGGACGUGGACAUGGACGUGGACUUGGACGUGGACAUGGACGUGGACGUGGACGUGGAGGACAUGGACGUGGACAUGGACGUGGACUUGGACGUGGACAUGGACGUGGACAUGGACUUUGACGUGGACGUGGACGUGGACGUGGACAUGGACGUGGACAUGAACGUGGACAUGAACGUGGAUGUGGACGUGGACAUGGACGUGGACGUGGACGUGGACGGGGACGUGGACGUGGACGUGGACGUGGACGUGGACGUGGACGUGGACAUGGACGUGGACGUGGACGUGGACGUGGACGUGGACGUGGACAUGGACGUGGACGUGGACGUGGACAUGGACGUGGACAUGAACGUGGAUGUGGACGUGGACAUGGACGUGGACGUGGACGGGGACGUGGACGUGGACGUGGACGAGAACGUGGACGUGGACGUGGACAUGGACGUGGACGUGGACGUGGACGUGGACGUGAACGUGGACAUGGACGUGGACAUGGACGUGGACGUGGACAUGGACGUGGACAUGGACGUGGACAUGGACAUGGACGUGGACAUGGACGUGGACAUGGACGUGGACAUGGACAUGGACGUGGACAUGGACAUGGACGUGGACGUGGACGUGGACAUGGACAUGGACGUGGACGUGGACAUCGACGUGGACGUGGACGUGGACAUGGACAUGGACGUGGACGUGGACAUGGACAUGGACGUGGACGUGGACAUGGACGUGGACAUGGACGUGGACAUGGACAUGGACGUGGACAUGGACAUGGACGUGGACAUGGACGUGGACAUGGACAUGGACGUGGACAUGGACGUGGACAUGGACACGGACGUGGACAUAGACAUGGACGUGGACAUGGACAUAGACGUGGACAUGGACGUGGACAUGGACAUGGACGUGGACAUGGACAUGGACGUGGACGUGGACGUGGACAUGGACAUGGACGUGGACGUGGACAUGGAUGUGGACAUGGACGUGGACGUGGACGUGGACGUGGACGUGGACAUGGACGUGGACGUGGACGUGGACGUGGACGUGGACAUGGACGUGGACGUGGACGUGGACAUGGACGUGGACGUGGACGUGGAGGACUUGGACGUGGACGUGGACGUAGACGUGGACGUGGACAUGGACGUGGACGUGGAUAUGGACGUGGACGUGGACGUGGACGUGGACAUGGACGUGGACGUGGACGUGGACAUGGAAGUGGACGUGGACGUGGACGUGGACAUGGACGUGGACGUGGACUUGGACGUGGACGUGGACGUGGACGUGGACAUGGACGUGAACGUGGACGUGGACAUGGACGUGGACGUGGACAUGGACGUGGACGUGGACGUGGACGUGGACAUGGACGUGGACAUGGACGUGGACGUGGACAUGGACGUGGACGUGGACAUGGACGUGGACGUGGACAUGGACGUGGACGUGGACAUGGUCGUGGACGUGGACGUGGACAUGGACGUGGACCUGGACGUGGACGACUUGGACGUGGACAUGGACGUUGACGUGAACGUGGACGUGGAUAUCGACGUGGACGUGGACGUGGACGUGGACAUGGACGUGGACGUGGACAUGGACGUGGACCUGGACAUGGACGUGGACGUGGACGUGGACGUGGACGUGGAGGACUUGGAUAUGGACAUGGACGUGGACGUGGACGUGGACGUGGACGUGGACAUGGACGUGGACAUGGACGUAGACGUGGACGUGGACAUGGACGUGGACGUGGACGUGGACAUGGACGUGGACGUGGACGUGGACGUGGACAUGGACGUGGACGUGGACGUGGACGUGGACAUGGACGUGGACGUGGAUAUGAACGUGGACGUGGCGUGGACAUGGACGUGGACGUGGACGUGGACGUGGACGUGGACAUGGACGUGGACGUGGAGGACUUGGACGUGGACAUGGACGUGGACGUUGACGCGGACGUGGACGUGGACGUGGACGCGACACGUGGACGUGGACAUGGACAUGGACGUGGACCUGGACGUGGACGUGGACGUGGACGUGGACGUGGACAUGGUCGUGGACGUGGACGUGGACGUGGACAUGGUCGUGGACAUGGACGUGGACGUGGACGUGGACGUGGACAUGGACGUGGACGUGGACGUGGACGUGGACAUGGACGUGGACGUGGACGUGGACGUGGACAUUGACGUGGACGUGGACGUGGACGUGGACCUGGACGUGGACGUGGACGACUUGGACGUGGACGUGGACGUGGACGUGGAGGACUUGGACGUGGACAUGGACGUGGACGUGGACGUGGACGUGGACGUGGACGUGGACGCGGACGUGGACGUGGACGUGGACGUGGACGCGGACGUGGAUGCGGACGUGGACGCGGACGUGGACGCGGACGUGGUUGUGGACGUGGACGUGGACGUGGACGUGGACGUGGACGUGGACGUGGACAUGGACGUUGACAUGGACGUGGACAUGGACGUGGACGUGGACGUUGACGUGGACGUGGAUGUGGACGUGGACGUGGACGUGAACGUGGACGUGGACGCGGACGUGAACGUGGACGUGGACGUGGACGGGGACGUGGACGUGGACGUGGACGUGGACGUGGACGGGGACGUGGACGUGGACGUGGACGGGGACGUGGACUGGACGUGGACGUGGACGUAG